UGACGUCAUUCCCCGAGCUGAGUCGGUAGCCGAUCAACUUCUAAACCAAAAAAAAAAAGGGAAAAAGAGAAAAGGAAAAAACGAUUAACAGAUUCACUCUUUCUUCUUCGCGAAGAAAUUUCACGUACUGCCAGGGGGAAGAGACAGGGAUUUGUGUGCAUACAUUCACAGGUUUUGAUUUGAAUUCGGAUUAAAGAGAGAGAGAGAGAAAAAGUUUGAGCUCGAAAAGCACGCCAGGAAUUGUAUGGCGCUGUUUCGGAAAUUGUUCUAUAGGAAGCCGCCGGAUGGACUCCUCGAGAUCUGCGAACGAGUUUACGUGUUUGAUAGCUGUUUCAGUUCUGAUGUUUGGGAAGAAGAAAAUUACAAACCCUAUGUGCGAAAUGUAAUUGCUCAGCUUCGGGAUAAUUUCCCAGAUGUAUCAAUCUUGAUUUUCAAUUUUCAUUCCGCGGAGACAAGAAGCUUGAUUGCAAAUAUUUUGUCUGAAUAUGAUAUAACUAUAAUGGACUACCCUCGACACUACGAGGGUUGUCCAUUGCUCUCAAUGGAGGUCAUCCACCAUUUUCUAAGAUCCAGUGAAAGCUGGCUAUCUCUAGGCCUGCAAAAUGUGCUUCUAAUGCACUGUGAACGGGGUGGUUGGCCAAUUUUGACAUUUAUGUUGGCUGCAUUACUGAUAUAUAGAAGACAUUACACUGGUGAACAGAAGACUUUAGAUAUGAUAUAUAAACAGGCUCCACGUGAGCUUUUGCACUUGUUGACACCUCUUAAUCCCAUUCCUUCUCAGCUGAGAUACUUGCAGUAUGUAUCGAGGAGGAAUGUAGGUACAUCCUGGCCGCCUCUUGAUAGACCUGUCACCUUGGAUUGUGUCAUCCUUAGGAUGAUACCUAAUUUUGAUGGAAAUGGAGGAUGCCGACCAACAUUUCGUAUCUAUGGACAAGAUCCAUUCCUCGUAGGGGACCGAAAUCCAAAACUUAUAUUCUCAACACCAAAGAAGAGUAAACCCAUUCGUCAUUACAAGCAGGCAGAAUGCGAAUUGGUAAAGAUUGAUAUCAGCUGUCAUAUUCAAGGUGAUGUUGUGUUGGAGUGUAUCAGCUUGAAUGAUGACAUGGAACAGGAGCAAAUGAUGUUUCGAGUUAUGUUCAAUACAGCUUUUAUUAGGUCUAACAUUGUGAUGCUUAACCGUGAUGAAAUCGAUACAAUGUGGGAUUCUAAGGAUCAAUUUCCAAAGGAUUUCAGGGCAGAGAUUCUUUUCUCAGAGAUGGAUGCUGCUGCUUCAGUAAUCCCUGCGAAUUUAUCCUGUUUUGAAGAGAAGGAUGGCCUCCCAGUCGAGGCAUUUGCUAAGGUUCAGGAGAUCUUUAAUAGUGUUGAUUGGUUGAGUCCAAAGGGUGAUGCUGCUCUCAAUGUGCUCCAAAAAAUAACUGCAGCAACCAUGAUGCAAGAAAAGUUGGAGUCAAGUUCACCCCAGGGUAAGGAAACUAGUCCUUCCUCACAGCCAUCAACUCCCAUUAAAGCUCAAGAUUGGGAAGGGCCCACAACAUUAGAUGAUGAGUCUAAAUCAGAAUUUUAUGCAGAGAAUCAAUCUCAGUUCUCUCCCAAAUCAUACCUCAGACCAGAUACAAGUGAACAGAAGGGGAAAGAGGUGUCUUCUGCACCUGAAACAGAGACUCUCUCACUUGAUACUGUUAUUCUCAAGCCUCCUCCUUUGCCUACUAAGGAUAGAGUUGAUAGUAUCUUGGAGCCUCCAUAUCCUACUCCAGUACCACAUGAACCUGUUACUCCUCCACUUCCAGAUAAGGCAGUGACUGUUUCUAUAUCUUCUCCACCUCCCCCUCCCACCCAAGCUUUAAGUCCUGCAGUUAUAUUGUCGACGGAUGAGACUACUACUACCAGUGAUCCUCCCCCACUUCACCAUACAAUGCAGGAGGUACCUCCAAUGACUUGGGAAAGAGAUUCAGCUGCCAAGGAAGGCUCUGCUCCAACCUCAUCUUCUUCUCCUCAUACUCCUUCACCCCCAACUCCUCCUCCAGGGUCUUCUUCACCACCAACCCCAAUUCCUUCCACCCAAUAUUCGGAUGACAGAGUCCUUAGAAGUGUACCACCACCGCCACCGCCACCGCCACUAACACCAAACAAAAAGGAUAAUUUUGCCUCCAUGAGUGGUGAAUGUCGACUUCCAUGUUCUCCACUCUCACCUUCGAAGGAAGAUUUAACUUCCAUUGGUGUUCCACCACCACCUCCCCAUUCAACCCCAUUAUUGAAGGAGAGUACUGCUUCCACGUGUAGAGAGUUUGAACCUCCACCUUUUCCACCCUCACCUCUCAAGGGAAGUAUAUCCUCUAUUCAUGGAUCACCAGCUCCAGCUCCACCACCCCCAUUGCUAGCUACAGAGACUGCUAGCUCUAAAAAGUCAGCAGCAGUACCACCACCUCCUCCUCCUCCUGCACUUUCUUCUUCAAUGAAGCCUCAUACUGCCCUUCCACAGAAUGUUCCUUCUGCUCCACCUCCUCCAACCCCAUUUAUUAAUGGGGAGACAAAGGCAGGUACUAGUGUAUCACAUUCUGAACCAAUGCCACCAGGACCACCACCACCUUCUAUUCCUCCACCUGGUAUGAGAGGGAAAGAACUGUUUUCCCGUGCCAUCAGUACUAUAAACAGUCAGACAAAGAAACUGAAACCAUUGCACUGGUUGAAGAUAAGCAGAGCAGUCCAGGGAAGCUUGUGGGCCGAGACACAAAAAUCUGAAACAGUCAAGGCUCCAGAAAUUGAUAUAUCAGAACUUGAAUCACUCUUCUCAGCUGCAGUUCCAAAUUCAGACAAAAGGAAAGGAAAUUCGAAGACCUCAUUGGGGGCAAAACCUGAGAAAGUGCAACUGAUUGACCAUAGGCGGGCAUAUAACUGUGAAAUCAUGCUCACAAAGGUGAAGGUACCCAUGCAUGAUUUACUAAGUUCUGUGCUUGCCUUGGAAGAUUCAGCAAUAGAUGCUGAUCAAGUUGAGAGCAUCAUUAAGUUUUGCCCAACGAAGGAGGAGAUGGAAAUGCUUAAGGGUUAUAAAGGACCAAAGGAUAAGCUGGGAAAAUGUGAACAGUUCUUCUUGGAAUUAAUGCAAGUUCCUCGAAUUCAGUCCAAACUCAGAGUUUUUUCAUUUAAGCUUCAGUUUCAGUCCCAGGUUUCUGAUGUCAGGAAAAGUCUAAUCACCGUGAAUUCAGCAGCAGAUCAGAUUAGGGGUUCAGCCAAGUUGAAAAGAAUUAUGCAGACAAUUCUGUCCCUAGGAAAUGCUUUGAACCAGGGAACUGCAAGGGGAUCUGCUGUUGGAUUUAGGUUGGAUAGCCUACUCAAACUUACAGAAACCCGUGCACGAAACAACAAGAUGACUCUCAUGCAUUAUCUUUGUAAGCAGGUCCUAUCGGAUAAGAUGCCAGAACUUCUUGACUUUUCAAAAGAUCUUUCGAGCUUGGAACCUUCAUCAAAGAUACAUAUAAAGUUCUUGGCAGAGGAAAUGCAAGCUAUCAGCAAAGGACUUGAGAAAGUAAUACAGGAGUUGUCCAUGUCAGAAAGUGAUGGACAGGUUUCGGAAAGUUUUUGUAAGGCUUUGAAGGAAUUCCUUUGCUAUGCAGAGGGUGAAGUAAGGUCCUUGGCGUUGCUUUAUUCUGGUGUGGGUAGGAAUGUGGAUGCAUUAAUUCUUUACUUUGGAGAAGAUCCUUCACGUUGUUCAUUUGAGCAAGUUAUCUCUACUCUACUCAACUUUGUAAAAAUGUUCAAUCAAGCACACGACGAAAAUUGCAAGCAGCUGGAAUUUGAGAAGAAGAAAGCAGAGAAAGAAGCAGCAGCAGAGAAGCUGAAGACAAGUGAUCCCGUAAAAGAAACCCCAAACGUGAUGCAAUCUAUCAGCAGGAGUGUCAAAUAAUCAAAAUCUUAGAUCUCCUAGAAUGCCUGUAUUCCCGAAAAUGGAAUAAUGAUAUUACAUAAGUUAGAGAAGCUUCCCUAGAUCAAGCUGAGUGUAAUUGAAAAUGGUUCUUGAUCAAGCUGAGUGUAAUUUUUCUUUUAGAAAGCUGGGGAGAUAGGAGCCUGCAGUACGGUAGAAUCUUGGCGGAGUUGCUUGCUGUUCAAGGUUAUAGGAAGGAAAAGGGAGUUGCAGUUCUGUAAAGUAGGGUAAGUGUGUGUGUAUAUAUAUAUUUUGCUAGCACUUUAGAAUAAUACAGAAGCGUGAGAUACUUGAAAAAAAAAUGAAUGUCAAACUCAUCCAUUCCCUCUUAUUAUUAUAUACUUUUGAGUUUUGAUCUC